CCCACCUCCUGGAGCCCUGGCAAGGCCCCGCUAUCCCUACCCACUCCACUGCCUACCCCCAGCCUGAGCCCGCGCUGGGCAAGGAGCUGAGCGGCCCUAGAGGCGGAAGAGAGGAUGCAGCCGGCUACUGCUGUCCCGAGCAGUGCACGGUGAUCGCCUCCCCCGGAGGAGGAGUUGCCUAGACCGUUGCUACAUCUCUUGUUUUCCUCCCCCCUCCCCCCUGUAAUUACAUUGGCUGCUGGCGGGGACGGGGAGAGACAGAGGAGGCGCCUCCCUACCCCCUCGCGCCCGCUACCCCUGCUCUUUCCCGUCCCGGGCCAGGAUGACUGGAGUCUUUGACAGUCUGGUAGCUGAUAUGCACUCGACCCAGAUUACGGCCUCCACUACGUACCACCAGCACCAGCAGCCCCCGAGCGGCGGCGGCGCUGGCCCCGGCGGCAGCAACAGCAGCAGCCUCCACAAGCCCCAGGAGUCGCCCACCCUCCCGGUGUCCACAGCUACCGACAGCAGCUACUAUACCAACCAGCAGCACCCGGCGGGCGGCGGCGGCAGUGGGGGCUCGCCCUACGCGCACAUGGGUUCCUACCAGUACCACGCCAGCGGCCUCAGCAACGUCCCUUAUUCCGCCAAGAGCGGCUACGACCUGGGCUACACCGCCGCCUACACCUCCUACGCGCCCUACGGGACCAGUUCGUCCCCAGCAAACAACGAACCUGAGAAAGAGGACCUCGAGCCUGAAAUCCGGAUAGUAAACGGGAAGCCAAAGAAAGUCCGGAAACCCCGAACCAUCUACUCCAGUUUCCAGCUGGCGGCUCUUCAGCGGCGUUUCCAAAAGACUCAAUACCUGGCACUGCCCGAGCGAGCCGAACUGGCGGCGUCUCUGGGCCUCACACAGACUCAGGUCAAAAUCUGGUUCCAGAACCGCCGAUCCAAGUUCAAGAAGAUGUGGAAGAGCGGUGAGAUCCCUUCGGAGCAGCACCCAGGGGCUAGCGCCUCGCCACCUUGUGCUUCUCCACCGUCCUCGGCGCCGGCCUCCUGGGACUUCGGCGUGCAGCAGCGGAUGGCGGGCAGCGGCGGCCCGGGCAGCGGCGGCAGCGGCGCGGGGAGCACGGGCUCUAGCCCGAGCAGCGCGGCCUCGGCUUUCCUGGGCAACUACCCGUGGUACCACCAGGCCUCGGGCUCCGGCUCGCACCUGCAGGCCCCGGCGCCACUGCUGCACCCGACGCAGACCCAGCAGCCGCACCACCACCACCAUCACCACCACGGCAGCGGGGGCGCCCCGGUGAGCGCGGGGACGAUUUUCUAACCCCUGGAGACUGCGCCAGAGACUGAGAGAGCAGAGACCAGUUAGCCUCAGUGCUCACUCCCAGAGCCAGAGGGUUCCUCCUGCUGGCCCCUAAGAUGCCACCCGCCGCUCCCGGAGGUGGCGUCCCAAGAUGGCCUACCCCAGGCCCUGCUCCCUCGCGCGGCCACUGCGCAGACAGGGACUGGAAGGCGUCUUCUCGCCCCACGGGUUCCUCUCGGAGGAACCCGGCCUCCACGUGGCGAAGGACUCCUGCCACAGACGCCUUUCCGACCUGAGUCCCGCCUCAGACUUGCCUCGCCUCGCCUCCCCUCCCCUCCCCGCCCCGCCCCGCCCGGCGAGGCAGUCCGGCGCCUUUUUCGCCGCGGGCCGCGAGCUGAGUCC